UUUCUGACCACUGAUCAUUAAAAUAAUUAUUUAUAUUUAUUAACUUGUACACGUUUAUUUCCAAAUAGUUAUAUAUUGAAAUGUGAAUAUUUACUAUCGCCUUAUCACUUCAUAUUAUUUCGCUAUCAGGGAUAGUAUUUCAUAAUGUCGAGUGACGAGGAUAAACCACCUGCGCCUCCAGUGCGCCUUACCAGCAAUCGAGCAACUGACCGAGUGGAUUCUGUAUCUUCGGUUGAUAUGAGACCACUGCCGAAAGAACCAGAUGAUGGUAGUGAUAGAAAGAAGAAAACACUCAAAGCUAAAAUAAAAGGAUCAAAAAGUACUGCCCACAAUGAUAAUAAGCCAAAUAUUAGUUAUCCAACAAAUUUUGAACAUACAGUUCAUGUUGGUUUUGAUGCAGUUACAGGAGAAUUCACUCUGCCUAUGACAGGCAUGCCAGAAGCGUGGGCGAGGUUGUUAAUGGCAUCAAAUAUCAGCAAACAAGAACAAAAGAGUAACCCUCAAGCAGUACUUGAUGUUCUGAAGUGGUAUGAUGCGUCGGCCACCCAACCACCGGUGUCCAAAUACAUGACAUCGGCACAGAUGCACACAACACAUUCAGGGUCAUCUGUGUCCCGCGUCUCAUCAAGCAGUCCCUCAUCAUCGACACCAACAGAUACUGAACAUCCGGAGCCACCGCCGCCGCCACCUUCAAGGCCUGAUCGUACUAAGAGUAUUUACACGAAGCCCAUAGAAGAAGAAGAGGCUCCUCCCCCUCGGCCAACGCCUGCGCCUACGACGCCCCCACACGUUCCUCAUCCGGCACUAACUACGCAUUCUAUACCGAGAGCAGAGGUGGUCCCCGCCCCGAGUCUGGAUCGUAAUAAGAAUCCGGCGCACACGCCGCCCGCCCAUGCGCCACCUGCCCCGCCCAAUGGUGCCCCAGCCACUGACACAGGGUAUGUCAGGAGAUCAACAGGCCAACAGCAAAGGAAAAAGAAGAUGACGGAUGAAGAGAUAUUAGAGAAAUUAAGAACAAUUGUUAGUGUUGGAGAUCCUAAUAGAAAAUAUACCAAAAUGGAGAAGAUUGGGCAGGGUGCUUCUGGGACAGUCUACACGGCGAUCGAGACGUCCACGGGCAUGGAGGUGGCCAUUAAACAGAUGAACCUCAGCCAGCAACCCAAAAAGGAAUUGAUUAUCAACGAAAUUCUUGUCAUGCGAGAGAACAAGCAUAACAAUGUCGUCAACUAUCUGGACAGUUAUCUUGUGAAUGAGGAACUAUGGGUGGUUAUGGAGUAUCUAGCUGGUGGUUCUUUAACCGACGUAGUAACUGAAACGUGUAUGGACGAGGGGCAAAUAGCGGCGGUGUGUCGCGAGGUACUUCAGGCAUUGCACUUUUUGCAUACAAACCAUGUUAUCCAUCGGGAUAUCAAGUCUGAUAAUAUACUCUUGGGACUGGAUGGACAAGUUAAACUCACGGACUUUGGUUUCUGCGCGCAAAUAUCUCCGGAACAAAACAAAAGGACAACUAUGGUUGGAACGCCGUAUUGGAUGGCUCCCGAAGUCGUCACGAGAAAACAGUAUGGUCCAAAGGUGGACGUGUGGUCACUAGGUAUAAUGGCGAUUGAAAUGAUCGAAGGCGAGCCCCCAUACCUCAACGAGAACCCCUUACGUGCGCUGUAUCUGAUAGCCACGAAUGGGAAACCGGAUAUCAAAGACAAAGACAAACUGAGUGCGGUCUUUCAAGACUUCCUCGACCAGUGCCUAGAAGUUGACGUAGAGAGACGCGCAACGGCUCUCGAUUUACUUAAGCACCCGUUCCUAAAAAUGGCUCGACCGCUGGCUUCACUCACGCCGUUAAUAAUGGCGGCAAAGGAAGCGGCCAAGGGGCAUUAGCGACGGCCGGGGGCCCCAUGCCCCAACAGGUGCAUCCCUUAAUAGCUUAGGACUUUGGCUGCGUGUCAUACAAAUUAUAUUUUUACAAACGAUGCAGUCCAGUAGUAACGAGUGUUCGGCGAUGUGACAGAGAGGGAUAGGUUUGGCUAACGUUGUCUCUUUUACACCCUUACGGCCAAGUUUUGUCUUCUUUGUUAAAUGAACCGUAAUAUAAAAAUAUUAUAUCGCAAAUAUUGGCAAUUAUAACUAUGCCUCUAAGAUAAUAUAAAACCUUGUUACUCUUUUUUUUUGACAGCUAUCGUUAUUGAUAUAAGUAUUAUCUAGUAGAAAUUACCAUUGGUAUUCGAUAUGGGAACCGAGCUUCGUUACUAAAACUAACCCGGCAAUAAUCCACGUAAGGAUUCGAGCCGCCGUGCGAAAGAGAAAACGCUAUACGAAUCUAUCUCUUUCUUUCCAACAUCGCCGAGUACUACAGUAGACGUAGACGUUAUUUAUUAGUGACGUGACUCUUGCUGGCGUGUUUUUCGAAUAGUGUAGUGUUAGCUGAUUCGAAUUGUUACGGUUCAUCUACAAACGAAGACUGUCACUUUAUAUAUUAGAUUUAUAAAUAUUAGAAUAGAAUUUCGAAAUACGGUUUGUUCCACUGUGAUUAUAGGGGAGGGUAGGAAACACGUCAGCGAGCUAGAGUUAUAGAGGAAGCUAAAUCGACCCUAUAUCUAUAGCGCUAAAGUACAUAAUUGCGCUUAUGUGUAACAGACAAUCUUUCAGCCACGUGUACGCAAUAUUUCUUAAGUUAUAAUUUGCUAUGUUUAAGGUUCUCGAACUAUAGAACUGUCAAAUAUUUUUAUUAAUAUAAAAAGUAUUAUGCUUUUGUUGGCUUUGCUAUUUAUAUAUUCGCUAAUUUUUGUUCGAUUUUGAAUGUCUUAUAUUUGUUAUAUUUUGACACAUUGUUAGGCAGCCUCAAAUAAUAUUAUUUAUGCAUUUUUUUAUACUGGUUUUUCGCGUGGUUUUAUUAACGCGAAUGUAUUUCAGAUUUAUAUAUGAUUUACGAAUAACAAUACAAUCAAACGAAAAUCAGUGAAUUCAGUUAUUAACAGAACGUCCUAAUUACCCUAUAUAUGUUGUCACAAUAUGACAACAGAUGCAACAUGUAUGAACAAUAGUUUUACACAUUAAUGAAAAAUAUUUUAAUGCCUUUAUGCUGCUGAGCCAGCCAAGGAUGAACCCCGUAGUAGAAUAUGUGAUAUAUUGGUUUGAAUUUGGGUUAUUUUGUAUGAGAUCCUUUUCGGCAAAUCAAAUGAAAAUAAACACUCUCCGAACUUAUGUUUUGUUCACUGUGUCCUUGUAUUAAUUGCGGUACAAAGGCAUAGUCUAUCGUUUGAUAGUAUUUAUUAACAUUCCGUUUUAUUAAUGAGUGAUACAGUUUUUGUAAUUUUUAAUUCGAUUAUGAUUAAGCCUUUGUUGUCGGGAGCUGUCACUUUACACCAGCUAUCUGUCAAAGAAUGGCGCGAACUCGCGGUGACAGAUGUAACACUAAGGCAGAAUCAUACCUAUCAUAUGUCAAAAUCCAAUUUUUGACGUACAGUUGACAGACUAAGUGGUAGAUUUUUAAUCUGUUUGACUUUUUGUUUAUUUAGAACGAGUCAUUGGCGGAAUUGUGAUUUACACAGAAGCCGCCAUUAAAAGUGAACCGACUUUUUGUUUAUGAUGAUUGAAUUUUGUUACGCAGUAUUGUUAUUCGUAGAUAUUUUUUACAUUUAUUGAAUUCCUAUCAGUAUAUUUUCGUGUAAGCUUAUAAAAUUGAUUUUGUCAUUAAUUAUUGUUAGUCAUGAAUAAAAGCAUUUACAUAGUAUUAAGUUUAUAUAGUCUAUUAUAAAAUAAACAAAAUUAAGGAUCAUUUGGUUAAUUUUUGUGGCACAAAAAGUUAAUGAUAAGUGAAUGAUAAUAAAUCCGAUAGGAGAGCUAGAUUUUUUGUUAGCAAAUUAAGAUUAUAGUGUUGUGCUAUUUUCGUUUGGUUUUUCUCUUCUUUUUGAAUUAAUUACAUCAUGUGCUGUUAAUUUACCUAAUCAGCGACCUGUCUAAAAAGUUUACUCUUGAUUAAUAUAGUGAGGAGAACUAAAAUAACAAUUAACUAAUCAACGACUCCGAGUACUACUGUUAGUGUUUGAUGUUCUGAACCCAAAAAAUGGGGGGGGGGCAGUCACUUAUGUAUUAUUAUAUAUUUUUUAAAUAACAUAGUGUGUACAGAAAUUUUCGAGUUUUACAUUCAGUACGAUACCAUAGAAUCGAUACGAUACCUAGAGAUUCUUUUCUUUUCUUUGUUCCUUACGAAUAAAACUAAAAUAUUUUUACACGUAUUACGAGUCCUUAUAAAGCUAGCUCUGUCUUUUUGGUAAUAUUUGAAACUAUUUGAGAUUAAAUCAUCCGUUACGACAAUAGUAGGUAAUAAUCGAAUUGCGUAUUUUUUUCUUAAGAUUUGUCUCUCUGCUUUUAUUUAGGUUGUGCCGAAAGAAGCUUUUUUCGCUUAUAAAUAAGGGUGAGAUUAGUAUAAACGUAGAUAAACUGAAGACUGUUCAUGCAAUUUUAAAAUUUAAUUCACGAGGCCGCGUAGUCCGUCUAUGAUAUACUAUGACAAUGCCAUCACAAUAAAUUUUCCAUUCUUUUUUCAGUCAUGCCCCACUUUUAACCUGUUUAAAAUUCUUGCUAUGUAUAUAAUUUUUAAUUAAUUUUAUUGUAAGAAACUUAAAAGGAUUUUAUGACACUAUAACUUAUAACGUAACACGAUUAGUCAAUUUUCAAAAGAAUGAAAACUGAUUGAAAAUUUCAAAUAAUUUUAUAAUUUACUUAACAGUUUUCCCCCCUGUGGCGUAGGCUCACGUUGGGUAACCCUGAUACAGCCCUAUACAUGACACAUACUAUAUUAAGAUAUAUACUGUGACAAAAUUGUUCAAUUAGAGGUAUUUUUUACUUGUUUUAAUAAUUGAAAAUUCUUUGUAAAGAGGUUGUUCACAAUGUUCGUAAUGUAAUGGGAUAUUUUAUAUCAACUCUAUGGAUAAUUCAAGGGUAUAAACUAUAAACGAAGAAUUUGAUAAAUCGAAAAAGUUGUUAUAUUCAGGUACGUUAUAAUAACUGUGUUACAUUUUUAGCGUCUUCAAUUAAAAAUAAAGCAUUCAUAAUUCUGGCCAGUUUACACAGUACACGUAUUAAUACGCCUAAUAAUGCCUUCUUAUCUGUGCAAUAGCUCGGACUACGCGACCUUCGGCCAUGUUUUCCAUGUUUUAUGAAUAUUUCCAAAGAAAUUUAGAAUUUUCGUUGCCUAUUCGCUCUUUGCACCACGGCCUAGACUUUAUUUUUCAUCUGUAACAGCUUGCGUUCCAAGUGUCACCCUCGGAAUCGCUGAGGCAGUUGGCCUAUUAUUGUACAGAUGAGCCAACCUAUGAGAGCUUGAAGAAAGUACUCCAUUAAUUUUAUAAAUUAGUCUUUUACGAGUGUAAUUGUGAUCUUGAAGAUGAAUUUAAGAUAAGAAUUAACUGUAAUUAUAUGUAAACUAAUUCAAAAAAUGUAUAAUGUAAUAUUAUGUAUGAAACAUGCAGUUUUUUAUUUAUUAAACACUAGUGCCAUGUAUGAGCAUCUUGUGGAUAAAUUAUGAACCUAUAAUAAAUACCAGAUUCACCCUAA